CAAGAUAGAGGAGUUGCAUUACAACUUCUUCCAUUUUCACUUUCUCUUGGAGCCGAAUUUACGACAUUAUCGAUUAAUUGAUCUGUUAUGAACAUCCGUAAAGUCGUGUAUUGGUCCGUGGACGAAAUGGGGAAAUUGGUCGUGUUUUCUCUGCUGUUUUUGGCCUCUCUUAGCUCUGCUUCUACUGUGGAGAAGAAGUUCACCAAGGAAGGUGGUAGUGUGACGCUGGAUUUGAGGCCUGCUCCUUCCGAUCCGAUCACCAUCAUCCAGUGGAAGUUUAAAGAUAGUAUUCUGGCAGAAUGGUUGAAAGAUGUGCUUCCUUUGACCCAUAACAGAGACAACAUCAAACUGGAUAUAAUCUCUGGACGUUUAGUUAUGGAGAAAAUUACCAACGCUGAAGAGGGUGCGUAUUCAGUGGAGAUUAACAACAACGAGCAAAAAGUGACAUACAUCGUUUUAGUGAUCAGAGAUGUCCCCAAGCCGGUGAUAUGGUUUUCCCCGGCGUCAUGCAGCCAUGAAAGUGACGAAUGUAUCAUGACCUGUGAAGGGGAUACCACCGGGGCUGAACCUGUCACUUACAGAUGGAAGACCGGGGAUGGAGAGUGGAUAGAGUCGGGGAAGGUCAUGCCCAUCACCAAGAAAGAGCAUGGACAUGUGAAGAACCUCUUCUGCAAAAUGAACAACCCAGUGAGUGAGGAAGUAAGUGAACCACUUCCAAAUAUACUCUCCAAGAAGGAAGAACCAGUGGGUUCUCCAACUGGUGUGAUUGUUGGCAUCAUUGGUGUCCUACUUGUGGUAGCUGCUGGGAUUGGGUGUUUUUGGGCAUGGAAAAAUGAUAAAUUUCCCUGUGUGAAUCGAAGCACCAUCUGAAAAUGGACUUACAGCUACUUCUGAUGAUGGUGCAAACGAUAUGCGUAUGAAAAAAAAACUCAUCAAAGACGGACCUGCAGAAGGAGCAGAACCUCCCGAUAAGAGCUUGGCGAUAUUGCAAGAAAAGAUCUGAGAGAAAAGAUUCUGUCGACUUAAAAGAUAAAACGAUCAACACGAAAUUAUUUGGCAAAUGUUUUGAUUGUCAAAUAAAUGUUUUAGUCUGAAAAAAAACAAGGAA